ACCCGGAAGAGGAGGGUCACGUAAAGCAAAGGCACGGGAAAUCGUGAAUGGUGCGCGAAAUUGUUCGGAUUUUUUUUCUUUGUUAUUUUGGUAAUUUAGCAAGUUGCUUACAACUACCUGCCGAGGUGUAUUUACAGGAAGCUUUAAAGUCGUCGUGUGCACGUUAGAGAUGUCUGUUGUGCCCCCCAGUCGCUCGAACGCCGGAUGGCCGCGCGGCGGUGCCGUUCAAUUUGGGAACAAAUACAUCAGCGGCACCGCCACCGCCGCUCCUGCCAAACCUCUGACGCUGGAGAGGACCAUCAACCUAUACCCUCUUACUAACUACACCUUUGGCACCAAGGAGCCCCUGUAUGAGAAAGACAACUCAGUGGCAGCCAGAUUCCAGCGGAUGCGGGAAGAAUUUGACAAGCUGGGAAUGCGGAGAACAGUGGAAGGUGUACUGAUUGUGCACGAACACAGACUGCCUCAUGUUCUACUUCUGCAGCUCGGCACCACCUUCUUCAAACUACCUGGUGGAGAGUUAAAUCCAACAGAAGAUGAAGUGGAGGGAUUGAAACGCCUGAUGACAGAGAUCCUUGGACGGCAGGAUGGGGUGAAGCAGGACUGGGUGAUUGAUGACUGUAUUGGCAACUGGUGGCGCCCCAAUUUUGAGCCUCCACAGUAUCCUUAUAUUCCAGCUCACAUAACCAAACCUAAGGAGCAUAAGAAGCUUUUCCUGGUUCAGUUACAGGAGAAAGCACUUUUUGCUGUCCCCAAAAACUACAAACUGGUGGCAGCGCCGCUGUUUGAACUUUAUGACAACGCUCCAGGAUAUGGACCAAUCAUUUCCAGUCUACCACAGCUGUUGAGCAGGUUCAACUUCAUCUACAACUGAACUGAGUGACCAGAAGUACAACGUAUGGCUGUCUCUGUGAGCGCAGCCUUGUGGUGACAACCAGCUUCUCGUUUCGGCUGAACAUUCACAAAGAAAAAUCUUUUUCUUGUCUUACAGUUUACACCUGUGUCUAAACUGAUAUUAGAGGACAAUGGGUUUUUUUUUUUUUUUUUUUUUUUUUUUUUUUUUUUUUUAAUCUUAUGAGAAGCUCCUUGUUUUUGUAGCGUGAAAGUACGAAUUCCAGCAUGUUGAAAAUUUUAUUUUAUUUUCUGAGGAGGGCAGUGUUGACUAAGUAAUCUACAACAUUGAGUAUGUUGUUUUAACCUGUAACAUUGUUUUAUUUUCUUUUAAUAAAGCAGUGCUUUCAAUCUGUAUUUCCCCCUUCCCUGAGGAGAAAGUAAAUGGUUGUUGCUGAAGUUUUAAAGCAAAUAUAAAAAUCUGGUAGGUGAUUGUUUUGUUUUUUACUGAUGUUUGUCACUUAACUAGUGUAAUACUUGGUGAAAGUAAGGUAUAAAAUCUGUUUUUAUCUA